UGAAGGCAUGUCCCCCUGCCUCCUGGGAUUAGGAAUAUCCAGAGACCGUUUGCUUCACUCACUGCUCCUUUAGUGUCUGCAGGUUUCCUGUCUUGCCUGGGUGCCACAAUGACCUUAUUCGACGGCUCUUUUCCCUUCUACCCCAAGUCCGAGGCAGCCUUCCCUUUUGACACAUCUUGGGCUGUGAUCAUCUCUGUGUUCACCACUGUGCUCGCUGCUUUCAUUAUCAUCUGGCCUGGCAUCCAAGGCAAAGGGAGGUCCUUCUGGAUCUUGCGAGUGGUCACCAGCCUCUUCAUUGGAGCAGUGAUUCUCAGAAAUCCAGUGAAUCAGAUCAAUGAAACCAUCAGCUACAACGAGCACUUUUCCUGGAGCUUUGGAGAGGACUAUGGCCUCAGCUACAAUGAGGGCCUGGAGCGGGGGCUCCCCCGUCCCAUCCUGUAUGUGGCAGAGAAGUUCACCCCGAACAGUCCCUGUGGUGUGCACGCCCAGUACCGCAUUUCCGGCCACUAUGCCUCCCUCACACUGUGGGCAGCCUUCUGUACCUGGCUCAUUUCCAACGUGUUCUUCUCCAUGCCCAUCCUGCUGUACGGGGGCUACAUAUUCAUACUCAUGGCACUGCUGCUGAUCUGCUCGCUGCUCUUCUUCACUGUCGCCAGGCACUUCCCAAUGUGCAACAUCCGGUUCGGUUCAGCCUCCCUGCAGAUUGGCUAUGGGGGAUCCUUCUGGCUGACCUUAGCCACAGGGCUGCUGUGCUUCCUGCUGGGGCUGGCCGUGAUCCUCAUGAAUUUGAUGCAGCCCAAGAAGCUGAAGCUUGUCUUUAAUGUGAGUGAGGGAGAGGGAGAGGAAGAGGAGGAGCAGGAAGUGGGGCCUGCUGAGCAAAUCCCGAAAGGCGACAUCCUCAUGGCUCCGCUGGGUGAGCACUGCAAAGUGACAGUGAUUGACUUGCGAGGGCCAACCGCUGCCCCUGCCCAGCCUGCAGAAGAGCACCGAACAGCUGUGUGAGGAGGCAGGGGAGGAGCAGGACUGUGCCUGGGCUUCCUGGAGGAGAUCUUCCAGACUGCCGAUCUUUAGCAGCUCCCAGCUUACCCAUGCACAGCCACAUGAGGCUUG